GCGCCUUGGGGCUGGGCGUUUGCCAAGGGUGGGGCCCCGGGGCGGGUCCCCAAGCUCCCGUCGGGGAUAAAAGGAGCCCGGGGGUGGCCUUGGCGACAGCGAUGGCGAGCUCGUGGAUGCUGCUGCUGGCGGUGCUGGGGGGAGCCUGCGCCCUCCCCGCCCCGGUGUCCUUCACCUACACCCAGGCGCUGGCCGAAGCUGUGAAUUCCUACAACAAGUACCCAGAGGUGAAGAAUGCCUUCAGGCUGCUCAGCGCCGAGCCCCAGCCCGACCCGGGCGUGGAGCUGAGCUCGCUGCAGUCAUUCAGCUUCAGCAUGAUGGAGACGGAGUGUGCCGCCAGCGCCCGCAGCGACCCCGAGGACUGCGCCUUCAAGGAGAACGGGGUCAUCCUGGAGUGCUUGGCGACGGUAAAGAUGCAGCAGGAGUCCCCCGAUAUCGACCUGAAAUGCUCCGACGCGUCCUCCGACAUCUCCUCCGAUGACUCCUCUGACGCCUCCUCCGACAUCUCCUCCGACGCCUCCACCGACCCGGGUCUGGUCGAGAGUGACCACAUCGGGGGCUUUGGGAGCGUCAUGAGCAAGGCCUCGCCCAAGUUCGGUUCCUUCCUGCCCCAGGGCCCGCGCCUCCCCCCCAGGCGCCCAGGCUUCCCGCCCCAGCGCCCACGCUUCCCGCCCCAGCGCCCACGCUUCCCGCCCCAGCGCCCACGCUUCCCACCCCAGCGCCCACGCUACCCGAUCAGGAUCUAA